AUGGCCCGCAUGAAGUCAACUGCAAUAAUACCUGAAGAUAUUAUAGUAGAAAUUGUGAUGAGGUUGCCGAUCAAACCCGUAGGUCGAUGCAGGUGCGUUUGUAAACGGUGGCGCUCUCUAUUCUCCGGCCUGAAGUUUGCCAAGUCGCACAUACAAACAGCUUUUGAGCGGCAAACCCUCUGUCAAAGACUUUUUCUCCUCACCCAUGAAUACGAGUCGCUAGACUUGGAGUUGGGGGAGCUAAAAGAGCUAAAGAAAUCUUCACUCAGAGUCGAACAGCUGAAUGCCCCAUUCAAGAAACCGGGCCAUGCUCUCUGCUUUUUAGGUUCAUGCAAUGGGUUGGUAGCAUGUUUUAGUGGUGAUCUUAUUCUGAAAAAUGGUUGUUUCACUCCUAAAAGUCGUUUAUUUCAAAAAGAAAGCUUGUUUAUCUGGAACCCGUCAACCGGAUUCUACAAAGAAAUACCUGGGGAAGGCUUUUAUCUUCCAUGGGGAGUUUCCACGCGUGGUUUUGGCCAUGUCUCCGGCACCGACGACUAUAAAGUUGUGUUAAGAGGGAAGAGGCCGAGGGAGGUCAGCCUCUUCUCGUUGAGAGCUGGGACGUGGAAAUCGAUUAAAUCUCCUGUGAUCGGCACUAUGCAAAGAAAGGGGCUGUUUUUGAGAGAGGCACUUCAUUGGCUAGCUUAUGAGCGCGACAACACUGCUCCUUUUAAGUAUUCCGGACUACCAAUAGUACUCUUUGCCUUUGAUUUGGCCAAGGAGGAGUUCCGGAAAAUGCAGGUGCCUAGUAGUAGAAUUCUGGACUUGACUUAUGAAAGCCGUUUGGGAGUUUCUUGUGAAGGAUGCCUGUACAUAAUGCAUUAUAGUCGGCUGUUUGAGCCUAAAUGCAUAUAUUAUGUUGUUGAUUUUUGGGUCAUGAGAGAAUACGGCAACAGUGAUUCCUGGACUAGAUCCUUCAGCCUAAGGUUUUCCGAUGAGCCCAAUAAGCCGAUUUAUAUGCUUGAACCGAUCUUGCUUAAGGAAACUAGUGCAUUUGUGAUGAACAGACCGAAGAAGUUUGAUCAAGACAAAGAAGAGAUGCCUGAUCAUCACAUGUAUAUGAUUCAUGAUCAAAAUAAACAAGAGAACGCCAGCAUGUAUAUUCUUCACAGUAAUCCACCAGACAUGAUUGUAUAUGAAGAGAGUCUCAGUGACUAUCAUAAGGCUUGA